CCCAUCACAGCAGUAUUUUUUCCACCCUGGAAGAGAUUUGCUGAACCAGCCAGGAGAAGAUCUGACCCAAGAAGACAGAGACAUGGCCUCCAAAGUUGCAGCUCUGCUCCUGAUAGGUCUCAUCUGCUUUGAGUUUGCUGCAGCCGAGAUUGCUGUGGACUGCUGCCUGAGAGUUGAGAGUGAAAAACGUCUGCACCGCCGAAACCUUGUGAGCUACACCAUUCAGAGAGCAGGAGAGGGCUGCAAAAUCAGUGCUACUGUGUUUGUCAACCGGAGAAACAUGAAACUGUGUGUCGUCCCUCCUGAAGGGAAUCCAGGGGUGCAAAAAAUCAUUGACUAUUUGGACAAGAAAAGGCAAUCUCAUCAAUAAACAAUGCAUCGCUUCACUUCCUGCUUUGCUCUGUUGAAUAUGUGAAGAAAAAAUGGAGACAGAUGCCUGUUUGGUUUAUCGUACUGGACACUGCAUGUGGGGGGAGCUUAUGAUGACAACUUAAGCUGAGAAUUGAUGUUAUCAUUUUGUAAAAAAACAUAAAGGCAUUUUCCUAAUAA